GCACAACAACAGCGCUUCCAUUUAGCUUCGGCAAAGAGAAUUUAUUUUCCUCAUUUUCAGUGACAUAUUUGUAUUAAUCUGUUUUUAAUCUUCACCGAGUGACAAGAAACGAACACAGUGGCCAUCUUUUCACCUCUCCUUUGAAAGUGCCGACCAAGGUCGACUCGAAAGUUUUUGUCAAGGUGAUGAGGACAAGAUAGUUCAAUCAGGAACCGGAGGAUACAAGCCCUGAGAUGUCCCCUUCCUCUUCUUCUCCUUCUGUUGUCCUGAGCACGGGGCAUCAGAUGCCCCUCCUUGGUUUGGGGACCUACAAACUGAGGGGGGCUGACGAAGUGUCCCGGGCUGUGGAUGCCGCCCUGGCUGCAGGUUACCGAGCCUUUGACAGCGCAGCUGUCUACAGGAAUGAAGCUGACCUUGGCAGAGCGCUGCGGGAGCUGCUGCCCAAAUACGGCUUGACGAGAGAAGAUGUGUUCAUAACCAGUAAGCUGGGCCCUAAAGAUCAGGGUGAGCGGGCGAUGGAAGGUGCCCUCCACAGUCUGUCUCAGCUGGACUUGGGUUACAUCGAUCUCUACCUCAUCCACUGGCCCGGCACACAGGGACUACAAGUGACUGACCAUCAAAACCCAGGUAACCGAGCUCAGAGUUGGGCCAGACUGGAGGAGCUGCACAGCCAGGGGAAGCUUAAGGCUAUAGGAGUGUCCAACUACACACCCGCACACAUGAGAGAACUCAUGCAGAGCUGCAAGAUCCCUCCUGCAGUCCUACAGGUGGAGUUUCAUCCGCGGCUGUGCCAGGCGGAGCUGAGGAAGGUGUGUGCGGAUUACGGCGUGUGCUUCCAAGCAUACUCUUCCUUGGGGAAAGGAGAGCUGGUCACUGAUCCCGUGGUUGUGGAAGUGGCAAAGAUCUAUGAACGCACACCCGCACAGAUUCUGCUGCGCUGGGCCGUGCAGCAGGGCUGCCCUGUGCUCCCCAAGUCAUCAAAACCAGACAGAGUCCAGGAGAACGCCAGGAUCUUUGACUUCACAGUGAGCAGCGGAGACAUGGACAGACUAUCAGCUUUGGACUGUGGACACAAGUACUGCUGGGAUCCAUCGGAGGUGGCCUGAAACAUCAACUUUGGGUCACGAUCAUACAGAUGAUCCAUUUUGCCUUCUUUACCUUCAUUUUUGACAGAAAUGUGCAACUAGAGAAACUGGGAAACAAAAUUAUCUUUUACUUUUGUACCAUUACACACUGAAAGCCUUUUUUUUUCCUUCUUAAAAAAAAAAGUGUCUUAACUGAUUUUUUUAGUAAUAAAUCAUUUCAUGCCACCAAUCUUGAUAAUCUGUUGCCUUAAACUAUUUUUCCCACCCCCACACCCUUCUCUGUUUGAAUUAUCUAUAUAUCACCACACAUUUGUUGAUCAAGCUCCAACUUUAUAGAUAUAAAGAGCUUUUGAACUGUACAGUAACAGCAAGUUAAAUAAAAAGAAUCUAUGAAACCACUCUUAAAA